AUGAAUUCAGUCAUUCCCAUUUCCCCUUCACAGCCAUCAUCACGAAUCCGCCAAGCCCCCAUCACAUCCACGGGAGACACUAAAACCCCCCCCUCCAUCCCCGACGAACCCCUCGAAAUCUACGAAUGGUCUCCCUCUGCCUGGGAUAUCCCCCAAAUCAACCUGCGCGCCAAAGCCUACAAACCGCCCGCUGACCCCGUCCUGCCCAUCCCCGACCCCUUCCCCUUACUCUCGCAAAACCCACCCCCCUCACGAGACCUUCUCCAGCCGCCGCGGGCUAACCGGCCGCCCAAAGUCCAUGUGCCAGAGCAGACGCCGCUGUUUAUUGGGUUCACGCGCAACUGGCCGCAGCUGCUGCAGUGCGUGGUGAGCUAUGUGGCGGCCGGGUGGCCGGCGGAGGAUAUUUGGGUGGUGGAGAAUACGGGGGCGAUGGAUGCGAAUGCGAGGGGGAGGUUGACGUUGCAGAAUCCGUUUUAUUUGAAUCAUACGCAGCUGGGGAUGUUGGGCGUGAGGGUUAUUAUGACGCCGACGCUAUUGACGUUUGCGCAGUUGCAGAAUUUCUAUCUGUGGACUGCCCUCACCCGCAACUACCCCCAUUACUUCUGGUCUCACCAAGACGUCAUAGUCUUUUCCAACGAAAACGCCACCGCCGCCUCCCCCCUAACCCCCUUUUUCACCAACCCCAAAUUCAAAUCCCAACCCAAACACCCCUCCAAACACCCGAUCCUCCCCCCUCCCACCAACCUCUCCCCCCCAACCCUCUACACCAACGCCGUCCUCACCCUCCGCUACCUAACCACCCCAUCACCAGGCUACAAAUCCCCGCCCGCCUGGGCCCACCACUUCUUCGCCUACGACCACCUCGCGCUUGUCAACCGAGACGCGGUGUUGUCUCAGGGAGGGUGGGAUACUCAUAUCCCGUUUUAUUCCUCGGAUUGUGACACGUAUUUGCGAUUGCGCUGGGCGGGGCUGGAGCAGACGGAGAGCUACAGUGCGGCGGGGAGGAUUUUGGAUGUGGGGAGUGUGUUGGGGGAUGUGGGGGCUUUGUUGAGGAUUCCGGGGGUCAGGGGGUGGGUUGAGGGGUUUGAUGGGGAGGAUGAUGAGGAGGAGGAUGGUGAAGGGUCGUGGAAGAGGGGGAAGGGGAAGGGUGGUAAGACGCGGACGAGAACAGGAAAGGCGAACAGCAAUAGGAAAAAGACGAAGGACGCCUCAACCCACGAAUCCCUCUACACCGAGUCCUACGACCGCCUGCUCGCCCUGGCCACGCACAUGCAACACACCAAAUACGCCCGGGGGAACCACCACCGCAACACCUGGCAAGUCAAGCAGCGCGGCGGACAGGGCGAGCCCUUUUACCGGGACGCGGACGGGUUUGAGACCGGCGUGCAGAUGCAGAUUGAUUUGGGGAGGAAGGUGUUUGCGGAGAAAUGGGGACAUCGGGGUUGUGAUGUGGAGAAGAUGGGGGUGAGGACGGGGGAUGCGUGGAGGCUGGAACGGGAUUGGGAUGAGGAGACUGAGGGGGGGGGACAUACGGGGGGUUCGUGGUGA